AACCUCAAUACCAUUGACAGCACACCGCUCUCUAGACCCUACUAGUGACCUAGUCGAUGCGAUCCUCCAUCGGUUCCCUUCUCGUCUGGUGAGUCCGCCUGGCCGCCGUCUGCGCCGAGCGGCUCCGCCGUCGUUCCUGCAGCUUCCGCCGCAUCCUCGCCGCAGCUGAACCCCUCCCAUCCCAUGCCCUACGCUAUGUCCGCCCCUGAUAUUGCGAGGAUGCCGCUGGUUCUGUUUAGGCAGGGGACAACGGAUUCCCGUGAUACCUAUGUUGUUGGAUUGGAGUUUCCUGCAUCUAAUCGGACUCAGAGUUUGAUGGCGCGUCCUCGUUUGGUUUUCUAUAUAACUCGUUCCAGGGGGAGCCUGCCCUCUCUAUCAAACCUCCAAGAUUGCAGCUUUCGCGGUGGUCCUGCACAAGCAGUUCAUCUUCCAAGAGAUUGCACCUCUGCCAGUAUUCCUGCACAAGCGAUUGAUCUGCUACGAGACGCUCUGCUCCAGAUGGAGAUGUGCAGCAGAGAGGAGAUUAUGGAUCUGUGCCGUCAGGCUAUACACCAAAACAUGUGCUAUGUAGUUCCCAGAGUUUUGCCUCAGCAGCUAUGCCUUCCUCCACCUUCACCAAAGGAUGAACUUCAUUCGACGCUGACAAAAACUUCGACUCGCAAAUUUUCAGACCUGCCACAUGAUAUCCUGAUGGAUAUCAUUGCCAUGUUGGAGAUCCCUGAUGCCCUGCGUGCGGCUUCCGUCUGCUCCUCGUAGUGCUCCGUGCAUACCAAACUGCACAACCUUGGAAAGUACAAACGACCUCAGACGCCGUGUUUCCUCUACACCUCUCAAUCUAUUGGUGAAAACAUCGCUUGCCUCUACAGCCUUGCAGAGAAGAGGACCUACAAGUUAACUCUGCCUGAGCCACCCAUCAGUAGGAGGUAUCUGCUUGGGUCUUCAGAUGGCUGGCUGGUUACCGCUGAUGAGAGGUCUGAGAUGCACAUUCUUAAUCCGAUCACCGGUGAACAGAUCGCUCUUCCGUCUGUGAUAACCAUCAACCAGGUGACGCCCAUUUUCAACCACAAAGGCGUGCUCUGCAAAUAUCGUUACUCACGGCACACAGCGGAGGGUGUUACCGACUCACCCAUGACGCUUCCUCUUGACAAACUGCGGUACUUCUUCCAUUGCAAGGCCUUUGUAUUUUAUGAUAAAUCUGUAAAAAGCUAUAUUGUGGUGCUCAUCCAUAACCCAUGUGAGCAGCUCUCAUUUGCUAGAUUAGGAUAUGACAAGUGGACAUGGCUGCCACCACACUUGAGAUUUCAGGAUUGCACCUACAAGGAUGGCCUAUUGUAUGCAGUGACGUCAUUGGGGGAAAUUUUCGCGUUUGAUCUCAACACCACUGUGAUCACAGCAAAGAUAAUCAUGGACAGGACAAAGGAGUAUUCGCGUGAGAGAAUUUAUAUUGUUCAGGCUCCAUGGGGUGAUCUGUUGCAAGUUUGGAGACCACCACAAGGAGAUGGGCGUGGGUAUGAUGAAAUUACUGGCCGUUCAGCUCUUGUGAGCAACACUGGGAGGACAAAAUUAUAUAGAGUUGAUACUCUGGCUAAAGAGCUAGUGGAAAUAAGUGACCUGGGUGACCAUGUAUUGUUUAUGGGGAAUAACCAAACUUAUUGUCUUUGUGCAAAGGAAUACCCACUGUUGAAGGCAAACCAUAUAUAUUUUACAGAUGAUUCUGAGUGCUUGGCACUCAGAACCCUGUGGGGUUUCCGUCUUGAUAUUGGACUCCUUAACUUGAGAGAUAAGAGUGUGGAGGAAAUUGUAUCCCCUCGGCUUUGGUUGAAGUGUCGCGCUCCUGUGUUGCUUGUACCGAAUCCUCGGAAGAUGAAUUCCACUUGUCACAAUUAGACACAACAUCCGGGAACCUCCUUUUCUUGGGAAUUUUAAUGUUGCCAGGCAAGAUAGUAUUGAUACAUUGUAAUAAGAAAUAGGAAUGUUCUUAUAUGCCCUGUUGCAUUGUUAAAUAUGUUGUAGCCUGUUUUAUUCUGUGACAUUUGUAAGGUUAUUCUUUCCUUAAUCUUAAUUAAUUGUAACUGAUUCUAGUUAGUAGAGCCGUUUUAA